UGGAACCAUCAGAUCAGAGCCAGGCCUCCUGGGAAUGUAGAGAAGGCAGGCAGGCAAGCAGGCAGGCAGGCCGAGCCAAAAGCUCCCAGGCUCUCAGAAAAGCAACACCGUGCUUGUGUCUUCUUCCUUCUUCAGCCUCCCAGCUAAGCUGCUUCCAGCUUUCAAUUAAUCUCUGCCUCCAAUUCCCUGGGACCAUCCUGGCCCCCGUUUGGCUAUUUCAGAGGUUAAUUGGUUUUUUUUUUUGGUUUUCUUUUUUGGUUUUGGUGUCCCCCAUCCCCCCCCCCCACCAUUUAAAUCAGGACCGCAAAGCUGCAAGCUCCACCUCCCCAGAAGGAAACAGCCCGGCUCUGGAUGUUUUCCUCCUCUGCUCUCCUGCUUUGCUUUGCUUUUGCUUCAUGUUUUUGAUUUUGGAUGCAGACAUUGCAGGAACACAAUAAGGUAUAGCAAGCAGAACUGGAGGGAGGACUCAGAGAGACGAUGGGGAGAGCAGAGAAAGGCUCCAAAAUUGCAGGCGUGAGAUCCGUAGAUCUCUAGGUUUUUGAGGAUGUCUCGGUGCCUCAGAUUUACUUCAUUAUGUCUUCCUCCAAGCUCCAAGAUGCAGAUGAAGUGUUUGAUUUUAAUGAUGUGAUUCCAGAGACCCAGAGGCUGGACAGUAGCCUACAGAAGGCCCGUGCCCAACUCUCCGCCAAGGGCAGACGACAGCGCCCCUCUCGGUCCCGCUUGAGAGACAGCGUCAGCUCAACAGAAGGUGAUGAUAUCCUGGAGAAGAAGGUGGGCGAAGGCUGUGGAAGCCCAAUCCAUCACCUGAGAUCCCCGCUCCACGACUCCCUCCAUGCCUCAUCAUCUCUCCCUGGUUCCUCAGUCUUCACUCGAACCGUUGAGUUUUCCUUUGAUGCCUCAACAGUACAGAGGUCCCUGGAACAGGAAGAGCUUCCCUCUUCUCCUCUCAUCCGUUACCGACCCCUGACCAAUACUCCCUCCCAGGAGGGCUUAGGGGGCACUCCCACCAGCUCCUCACCCAAGUCCUGUCCCAGCUCAGACAGCUCACCCAUCUACGCACGCAGAGAGAGGCACAGUGAAGAUGACAGCAGAGAUGCAAGUCCUCCAGAGCUGGAAAGCCCCACCAUUGGGCUUGACAAGAAAACACGACGGAAGUUUCUGGAUUUGGGGGUCACCCUCAGGAGGGCAUCUUCUGGGAAAAGCAAAAAAGAAAAGGGGGGCAAUCGUCUCUCCAUAGGCAAUAGGGAGUUGAUGGAGGGUUCCAGUCGUUCCUCGGGAUCGCCCUUCAUGCCUUUCUCCUGGUUUACAGACAGCGGGAAAGGCUCAGGCUCUUCAGGCAGCACAGCUUCUCCUACCUCUUCCCCCAAGAGCGAGGCCUUCAGCCGCAAGAAAUCUGCCUCCCAGGAGUCUACCCUAAGUGAUGACUCUAUCCCCCCCAGCAGCAGUCCUAAGACCCUGAGCGUGGGCCUGCCAGAGACCAAGUGUUCCUACCCUUACCAUACACUGUCACAAUCUUCUGAUGAGUUUCUGGAUGAGCCUCUGAGUGCAGCUUCAGUGUGGAGCAGCCAGAAAGUGGGCCAGUGGUUGGAGAGUUUGAACCUGGAACAGUACAUGGCAGAAUUUGCUGCUCAAGAUGUGGAUGGACAACAAUUGCUGCUCCUUGAUGGAGCCAAAUUGAAGGCGCUUGGUGUCAGCAACUCUCAUGAUCGGUCUCUUUUAAAGAGAAAGCUGAAGGAGCUGAAUGCAGCUGUCGAGAAGGAGAAGAAGGCCCAGGAAAAGAUGGAGAAGCAGAAAGAAAAACAGAAAAAGAAAGAACAGGAACAGAGGAAGAGUUAAGCAAAGAGGGGAAGGGGGGAAUUACCAUUUCCCAGCAUAGCCUUAGACCCAUUUUCCCCUAUUCCUAUGGAACAUCUCUGGAAUGAAGGGGAUGGACAUUGGCAUCCAGGAAAAGGGGAGGGCAAGAGACAGGCAUGGUCCUACCAAAGGUUAUGGGCUUGGGUGGGACAUAGGGUAAAGCUGAACUUGCUCUGGGACGUGAUAAUGGUGACACCAGCAGCAGGAGCUAGGCACACCCCUGAUGGUGGAUUGGCCACAAGGGACAGAGAAGACGAAGUUGCUGCCAAGGGUAUCUCCUCUACUGUGCUAGGACAAUCCAACUGCACUUUCAGGGGGCUAGCAAGACUCCCUCUCCCUCUGCCAAUGGUGCAACAUGGAGGUGGGCGAUGAUGCUGUCUCCCUGGCCCCUACCCUGUGAAUACCUUCAGAUGACACUGCUAUAUCUUCCUAUUGAUCUUAUUCUCUACACAAAAUUGCUCACCUCAGAGGCUUGGAUGGGCUCACACUCUGUGUCAGUUAGGUGUCCCAUCACACCCUCCUGCCAUUACUAAGGGAACACAGCUGCCUUGCAAAACACAGAUGAGAAAUACACAGACAUGCAUGCACCCCCCCAACACACACAUACACAAACAUUCCCCAAAUACAGCAAGGUUGAGACAACUGCAUAACAGUUUCUUUUAGGCUCCUCUCUACCUCUCUCCCACAAGGUUUCUGCAUCAGGAGUAAGCAGUCUUUGCCCAUUCUUCACAUCUACCUAUAGAACAACAUUGCUGGGAGUGGGCAGGUAGGUUGCUCACAGCUUAAGUAAGAGAAAAAAACUGUUUAUGGGGGAGGAGGAGCUUUAGAUGCCUGACAAUAUACAGCAAAGAACUACAGUGGAAUAAAAGAAAUUUUGCAUUGUCAGCUGGAAAUGAUUUUGUGCAUCGAAGACGCUGCACAGUUAGAACUUAAGUGGAGGGUCUCCCCUUUUCCUAAUAUUCUCAUGCUGGUGGUACUGCUUUAAGACUGUUUGUUUCGAAACGGGAGGGCAAUGGCUUAAUCAGACACUUCAAGAAGAGCAUGUCUUUCCCAUUUAUUUCCUUGUCUCAAAUGCGUAUUUUGUGGGGGGGGGAAAAAAGGAAAGUAAGAGGUAUGGGAGAAGGAAAACAAUGCAUAAAAUGCUUUUCCUCCCUCUAAAGGAAAGGGCAAGCUGGGGACUUAUUAACCUGAGAGGGUCUUGCAUCUUAUUUCAGAAUAUUCAUUCAUGAUAUCUACCAUGAAAUUGGAAGGCAGAACAAAGGGAAGCUAAACCUACAUUGCUGUAUAUAUUCCACUACAAGGUCUGUUCUGGGAGCAGAUACCUUCUGAGGAUUUGGGUUUGUUUUAUCAACCUGGCACAUAGUAUUUACAGGGAGAACACAUCAGUGCAUGUCUGCAACCUGCAGCCCACCGUGCAGUGAGAGCCCCUGCUCACAUUCCGUCUCAUUUUGCUGAAUGUGCAAUAACCUUGUGGGAUUGAAGGUGCUUUCCAAACCUUUCUGUGAUAUUGCUGAUGAAAAACAAACUGUGUUCUAUUAUGAGAAUGUAGGUGACUCAAGGGAAGUGCACUUUGCCUCUCUCUCGCUCGCAUAGACAACUCACAGCCCAUAUUUGCAGCUCCUGAGUCCUUCUGGAAGGAACAGAACAGCAAUAUUCAGAUCCUUGUCUUUUUGGGGAGGGUUUACAGGUCAAAAUGGAUGCUUUAAAUUUGCAAAGUGCUGCUCUCCCGUUCCAGUCACAGCAGACAGGUCUGCUUCUCCGGCCAGCCAGCCAGCCUUUGAACUUCUCUCACAAAUGAGUUAGGCCAUCACAACUUUGAAUUACAUUAUACUUGUUCACAGAAGCCCAUAAUCACCCCAAAGACUAGGAUUGUGCACAGAUUGCUCAGCCCACAUUGAGGGUUGGAUCCAAAUCUCUAGAAAGAGCUGGCUUGUUCUCAGGUUGCAAUGGAAAAAAUACAGCGCUAUUCUUGCUGGGAAGGUUCUCUCAGGAGAACUUUUUCAAAAGGGGAUUUCUUAAUUGAGAAGUUGUAGCAGUCACUGUAAUGCAUGACCUUUUCCUCCUAAGCCACCAACUAUCGAGGGGUUCCCUAGAAAUCUUGGCACAAAGAAACUCAAGCUGGAACUUGCAACUGUGGAAGGCACCUCCACCACAUAUUUGUGUAGGCCUUGCUCCCUGGAGAGAGGAAAAAGGAGUGACUGAGACUGAACAGUUUGUGUACAUUAAGAGGACUUUCCAUUUUCUUCUCAGAGUUGACUUUCUCUUGUUCAGCUUUCUAGUCAAAGUGUCCUCAAUGGAUCCCAAGAAACCUGCAACCCUUAAUCACAUGCUUCACCCUUCUUGUUCUGUUUAGUUGUUUCUCGAUCUUAAACCACCUCUCACUCAGACUACUUUUUCAAAUUUCUCAAAGCUCCCAGUAGUCCUUUGGGAAUGCAAUUAGACGGAAACCUCUCCCAGUUUUGCCCAAACUCAGUCUCUCCUGCCAGUACCGUGCAUUUUCUAGUCCAUGUUAAAGAGGCCUUCCCCCAUGGAUUCAUCACCCAGCUGCCUGCUGUGAUUGUGGGGAACAGUGGCGUCAUUCUGAGUGGAGGACAGACCUAUUAAAAAACAGCACCUGCCUGUCAAAGUGCGUACACUAAUAAGAGCCAGAAGGCCAAACACUUUAAUCACCCUCCCACCUUUCCUUGGGUGCAGCCGCUGCUCUCCCUCCAUUUGUCAGCUGGCAGAAGUCUACAAUGACAAAUAUGGAGUGACGCUUUGCAGAUGCUUCUAAAUAGGGAUAGUAAAAACGGAAUAAAAAUCUCUCCUGACUUCCCCAAACUGUGCUGAAUCUGGGCUCUGACCCGUCCAAAAAGGUCUUGGCAAAAGAUCCAAGGUAUUUGGAGGGAAACUACAGACUUAGAAAUGGGCCACAUUUUAUCACAGAGAAACCAGUGAUGGCAUAAAAUGCUUUUGUUAACCUGCUCCUCCCAUCUCAGCCCAACUUUUCACUUUCUUCAUUGCUAAAUAUGCAUGCAAAGCAGCGGGAAGAAACAGAUUUUGCAAUGAAGCCACUGUGUGUGCUUAUGCAUAAUGGACAUACAUAUAGAAAAAAUGAUUUUUUAAAAUUCCUCAUUUGCUCUAAUUCUGUUGCCACAUGUACCAUUGCAUAUUCAAAAAGAAUAUUUAUUCUCCUCUUGUUGUCUGUGAAUCCAUGGUAAGGAUUGACUACUGCCCACGCAUCAGAAACUGCUGGCUAAAUCUAGCCUGGUUUAUCUUCAGAGCUUGAAAUGUCAAACAGCUCUGUGAUUUAUGUAUAAAAUAUUUAAUAUAUGCAAUUUUAAAAAGGCAACCUCUCUCUCUCUGACUCCCACACACACAUGCAUUAGUAAUCCCUGCCUCAAGUGCUGAAAAUGGUGAAGUUUACCAUCUCAGCUGCUGCCUUUCUGUAUCUGGAAAUAUCACGUGUUUAGACUACAGCAUCUAGGAAUCCUUUAUUUCUGGGAAAUGAUUUGGAUUGAACCUUUGUUCUUUAAAAAUCAGAGCACAGCACAUUCUAGGGAAAGGUCAUCCUAAGGUGAACCAUUGUUCCAAAAUUAGUCCUAUAUAAAUAAUAAAACAGCACCACCUUGCCAGCUUCCUGUCUUGAACAACACGACUUUCCACGCACAGGACAACAGGCAUUUGAUGUCAGUUUGAAAAGAGUCCCCAAACUUUGGAAGAGAAGUAACAAUAACUCUGCUAAGCCAAAGCAGAGUUACGGAUGCAGCCGCUACUGGUAUCCAGCAUAGAAAUGAUCUUGGCACUGACACUCUUAUGUAUUUCUCCCUAGGUACACAAUGUCUCAGACGUUUUGCAAAGCAUAUAGACUUGAAAAAAGAGACAGAAAGGGAGGACGCUCCCUCAAGGAUGCUCCUGGAGUCAAGGAAACAUUGCAUCAACCUGCAGGUGCUCCAGGAAAAUGGA